AUGAAACAUUCAUUCCACACUCUUCUUUCUCUCAUCAUGUUUAUGUGUAUUGGGAGCAAAGGCCUUGCUGAGCAGCUAACUAAUGAAAACCUGACCACGUCCUUCCUGCCUGCUAACUUCCACAAAGAAAACACAGUCACCAAUGACUGGAUUGCAGAGGGGGAGGAGGAUGAGGAUUACCUGGACCUGGAGAAGCUGCUUGGUGAAGAUGAUGACUACAUUUAUAUCAUCGAUGCAGUUUCCCCGACAGACUCAGAAUCAAGUACUGGCAACAUCCUGCAGCUUUUCCAAGGCAAGAGCCGGAUCCAGCGUCUUAAUAUUCUCAAUGCAAAGUUUGCCUUCAACCUUUACCGAGUCCUGAAGGACCAGGCUACCCCUUCUGAUAACCUCUUCAUAGCACCUGUUGGCAUUUCUACCGCCAUGGGGAUGAUCUCCUUAGGUUUGAGGGGAGAGACUCAUGAAGAAGUACACUCAGUUCUACACUUCAGAGACUUUGUCAAUGCUAGUAGCAAGUAUGAGGUUACCACCAUUCACAAUCUAUUCCGAAAGCUGACCCAUCGCCUAUUCAGGAGGAAUUUUGGGUACACACUUCAGUCAGUUAAUGACCUUUACAUUCAGAAGCAGUUUCCCAUACGGGAGGACUUCAAAGCUGCUCUGAGAGAGUUUUACUUUGCUGAGGCCCAGGAGGCUGACUUCUCAGAUCCUGCCUUCAUAUCAAAGGCAAACAGCCACAUUCUGAAGCUCACCAAGGGUCUUAUAAAAGACGCUCUGGAGAAUAUAGAUUCUGCUACUCAGAUGAUGAUUCUGAACUGCAUCUACUUCAAAGGAACUUGGGUGAAUAAAUUCCCAGUAGAAAUGACGCACAACCACAACUUCCGGCUGAAUGAGAGAGAAGUAGUCAAAGUCUCCAUGAUGCAAACUAAAGGGAAUUUCCUUGCGGCAAAUGACCAAGAGCUAGAGUGUGACAUUCUCCAGCUGGAGUAUGUAGGAGGCAUCAGUAUGCUAAUUGUAAUUCCACGGAAACUGUCAGGAAUGAAGACUCUUGAAGCACAGCUUACACCCCAGGUAGUGGAGAGAUGGCAAAAAAGCAUGACAAACAGAACUCGAGAGGUACUCCUGCCAAAGUUUAAGCUUGAGAAGAAUUACAACCUGGUGGAGGUCCUUAAGUCCAUGGGAAUCACAAAGCUCUUCAACAAGAAUGGCAAUAUGUCAGGCAUCUCAGACCAGAGGAUUGCCAUUGAUCUGUUCAAGCACCAAAGUACCAUCACAGUCAAUGAAGAGGGUACCCAAGCUGCAGCUGUAACUACAGUGGGGUUCAUGCCGCUGUCUACCCAAGUCCGAUUCACUGUCGACCGUCCCUUCCUGUUCCUAGUGUAUGAGCACCGAACCAGCUGUCUGCUCUUCAUGGGAAAAGUGGCCAACCCUGCCAAGUCUUAAUGGCAGUGGUCUGGGCACCUGAUGUAGUUUGGGGGCACUCUGCUUUCAUUCUAACAAAGAGGACAGAGCUAGUUUGAUAUGAUAAUCUAUG